AUGGCACACCAAGAUGAUGGCACUAACACUGCUGAUCACGACGAUGCGCUAGCACAAGCUAUGGAUGAAGAGUUCGAGGAAGCAAGAGAUGGCAACACGUCUGUUUCACCUGAAGAUGAGAGAAGUCAACGCCUGUUUCCGGACAGCGAGCCGCUAGAUCCACCGUAUGGUUUGCGAGCGACUGGGGCAUCUUUAGAGUUUGGUCUGGAUGCUGCAGCACUUGGGUUGCUGGAUGGGGGCUCGGGUAGCUCAACAGAACAGACGGCAACAAGACACUUCAGUCCUCAGAGUGAUCACGAGUUGAUUCCAGCCACAGAAGAGCCACGAUCAGUGGCCGCAGGCAGGAUGCCUCAAGUUACGGCGCCGCCACCAGCGGUGACGAAUGAUCUCAUGGGACAGUUGAGUGCUAUGCUACAGCAGACGCUGCAGAGCCAUGUGGCUCCUGCUCUAGAUCGUAUGAUGAUGAGUCAGGCUGCGGUCAUGUCCCGACUGGACAGGUUGGAGAGUGAGAGAGACUCCCAAGUGCCGUUGACGGCGCAAGGCGAGCAUGUAUUGGCCAUGCUUCAGUCGUUGGAGGUGGGCUCCAAGCCAAGUGCUAGUGGGGCUAAUGCAGAUGCAGCGUUGAAGCAACCCACUACCGUUCCAGCGGGUGUUUUGCCUGAGUCAGCGGUUGGGGUUCAGGAUACUUGUUUGCAUCAUGCGCGGGAUUUGGCAUCCAAGGGCAAUGGUUCCGCUCACGUUCAGGCCCCAACGCAUCAAAACAAGGGUGUGACGGUGGUGGAGGGCGGUGAGGCUUCAGGGAUCAGGGGUUUCGGAUUGGAUCCCUCGCCGGGAAUCGGCGAGAAGCCGGAGGAGCCUACCAAAACCUCGCUGGAGCUUCCUAAAUUGGACAAGUACAACCCAUCCACAUCAGCCAUCGUAGCAGGGGAUUGGCUUAUCUCGUUGACGCCAGUGAUUACUUCGCUGUCCGCUUCUGCUUGGGUGUUUUGGGAGGACUGUGUAAGCACGGCCAAGCUGUUCUAUGGCCGAUGGUUAUCCUCUUCCCCACUGGAGAGACUACAUAUCCAGGCGGAGGUCUUGGUAAACAGGUACCGCGAUGGAAAGUUCUCGAGGGUUGAUCAACGGGCGGUCAGUUUGUUGUUGGCUGCAGUGGGUAAUGAGCUGAAGGAUGAUCUGAUCUCUCUUCGCUUGCUGGGUACAUGCGCUAUUGUGUUCAAGGUUAUGGCGAAAUAUCAACCGGGAGGAGCUGCAGAGAAACAGCAACUUCUGUCGUUUCUAGUCACCCCUGAAAACGUCACCACAAGCGCUGCAUCAGUUAAAGCACUGCGGAAAUGGCGUCGUUGGUUAGCCCGUGCUCGUGAACUCCAGGUAAUCGUUCCUGACCCUAGCCUUCAGCUCAAGGGUCUUGAAAGGCUCGCCCCGACAUUGUCCGCUCCAACUCAACAGACGGUUUUGCAGUUUUCAGAGCUCCUGCUUGCAGAGGCCGAGGAGGCGGUGUUGUCAGAAGCUGCAGACAAGGGUGGAGCGAGGCAGACGGUAGCUAAGGCGGAUGAGGUGCCAGGAAAGGGAGGAAAGGUUGGGAAGGAAGGAAAGGGUGCAUCAAAGGGGGCUGCCAAGGUGGAUGGUGUAAAACAACUUUGUCGGCUCUGGAGAACCGAUGACGGGUGUAGGUAUGGGAAGUCUUGUACGUUUGCGCAUGAUGCCCUCACCCCUGCCGAUAAGAGGUGUUUCAACUGCAGUAGCACAAAGCACCGAAAGCCAGAUUGUCCGUUCCCGCGUGCGCAAGCCGAGCCCGGUGGGAAGCCAGGGAAAGGUAGCCAAAAGGGGAAAUCAGGGGAUGAGGUUAUGAAGGCUCAGGAUAAGGGGGCUAGUGAAACCGACAAGUCGGCUCGUGACGAGCUGAUUGCACGGGCCAACGCGGUGUUGGAAUCUAUUCAAACCUCAAUCAAGGCCUUGCAGCUAGGUUCGAAAUACCCGCCGAAGCCAGGUCCCCGCGAUGAAACAGGUCUGAUAGACUCCGGUGCCACAACAUGCAUGCGCAUGCGUAGGGAAGAUGAGCAGCCAGUUGGAGAGAAGACGGUUUCGCUCGCGCAGGGAGAAGUUCAGAUGGGAUUCAGUGCCGGGGGAGUUUUACUUGCUAACGAAGAAGUUGAACCCAUCGUUUCACUCCGACAGCUCAUCACCAUCGGCUUUCGUCUGGUUUGGUCCAAGAGGGCAUGUCAACUGUUCGAUGAAGAGGGUUACUCGGUUCCUUUGUCCACGGCUUCCGGCUGUCCGAGGGUGUGUAAGGCUGUAGCGCAAAACCUGAUUGACCGCAUCGAAACUUUCAACCUUCACGGGUAUGGUGAAGAUCAGCUUGCUAUGAUGCGUGAUGCUGAUGCGGUGUCCUGGGAGGCAGUCAUGUGUAAAGUAGCCGAGAGUGUGAGAGAAGGUAGGCAUGAGUUUGACGCGGUAGCCGCGAAGCAUGGGGCUAAGGUUGUAGCCAUAGACUCCACUGAAGACCUUAACGAUCCGGCUACGUACACAUACUUGCUGAAGCAGGCGCUCGCUGGUAAGGAUGAAGGACCACCAGUGGUUCGGGCGCGGUAUGGGGUUGAAAGGUUUGGAUUGGAGAACCUCUCCCAUCAAGAGCGUGAGAAGGUUGACUAUGACGACCAGCUCAUGCUCAGAAGCUUUAUUCUGGGUGUUGCCUCAAAGUGGGGACCUUUUAAGCGCGGUACUCAUGAGGGUGCGAAGGCAAGCUACUUCCUUGCGGCAGUUUUCUCCGUACCUAGGGCGCCAGAGCUAAACGGGUCUAGAGUGGAUAAGCCUGAGGCAGAUGUAGCAGCUGUUCCGGGGGAGCCAGGGGAGUGGGAGAAUGCGGAUGACGACGAUCGUGAUGACGAUGAUGGUGGAGGCGUGGGCCCUAUUGAGCUUGAUGACGCCCCGGUGGAGCCAGAGCCACAACCGCUAGAACAGCUAGAGCUAGUUCACUUGCCGUUCGUCGUACCGUUACCCUCAAAAGGGGCAAGGGACGUGAUGAAUGGAAUCAAGGGCAUUGAGGCCAGGCUGUGUGCGAUGGGGUGCCAUGUAGCACGGUUACAUAGUGAUGCAGGUAAAGAGUUCUGCAAUAACAUGUUGCGAACAUGGGCCAAAGAGAGAGGAAUGCACAAAACAAACACAGGAGGUGACCGGUUCAAGGCCAAUCCUUUUGCCGAGAACCUCAUCGGCAUCCUGAAGGGGUGUGCUAGGACCUUGAUGAAAGAGUCUGAUGUUAGUGAUCAAGAUUGGCCCUAUGCUAUCCGUCAUGCAUGCGCUCAGCGAUUCCGCGAUCAGGCUGUCAAGCUUGGGUGGGACAUUCCGCGGUUGAUUCCUUUUGGGGCUAAGGUUCACGUGCUUCAAAGAAGUUGGAAUUUGGCAAGGGGGGGCGAUUGGAAGUCGAGAGUGGUUGAGGCUAAGGUGUUGGCACCUGCGCGUGAGCUUUCGGCAGGGUAUCUUGUGCGCACUGUAGAGGACACAUUACUGAACGUACCAUGCGUGUAUGAAGACCUUGUGCAUACAAACCCUGAAGAGUUUCACAUCCCCGCCGAGAAAGCAAAGCCAGCUAGUCCAGCAGUGAUCCCAGAUGUUCGUGUUCGCAGAAAGACGUCGUUGAGCGCUCGGAGGGCAGAGAAACCGGCUGCUGAUGAAUCUGUUGCUAUGCUUGAUGGGCUGUUGUCUGAAGAUGAGCACGCGUCAUGUCUCGCCUCGAUCGAGCCGUUCGAUGUCGAGAGGUUCUCCAAGGAUCCGAUGAAACAGCUUCAGAGUGUCAUGAUGUUCGCGCUCCGAGGGCUCACAAAUCAGCUGAAAGCCGGUGAUAUCGUUGCUGUCCCAGCUAUGUAUGCUAGAUACGGUGAUGAGGGAAGUUCGCAGCUGCGGGUGAAAGUCGUCGGCGAGAUGAGGGUCGUAGUGAUGCUCAGUGUCGAGAUGAGGGUCGUAGUGAGGGUCGUGGUGAUUCUCCGUGUUUUGAUGGCCGUCGUGGUGACUCUUCGUGUGAUCGUGAUGACACCAGAGAGUCUAGUUGAGGGUCCAGUGGUUUCGAGUGGUACAAGUGGGUUUUCCGGCAGCGCUGGGUGGGAGGAUGUGAGCUGUGACCCACUUGGGGAUUGCGAGUUUGUGGACGUGUCCGUGACGAGUAAUCUUCUGUUUUGUGAGCCUACUUGUGUCGAGUGGGAGAGCAUUGUAGGUCGAGCUUCGGAUCGUGAGGUUGGACCUGAUGAUCAUGAUACCUCGGGUGAAACUUGGGUUGGGGUCGGUGAGGCCUCUGAGUCUUUUGACCCUGAUGGGCAGCAGAUCGCCCUCCAGGCGUUGCUGAGUCGGGAGUGUAAGCUCCAAGAUCGGAGUGGGGUAGCCGGGGAUAGUGACCGUGAGGGUUAUAUUCAUGGGCUGUCUUCCACGAUCAAGCGUUUAGAAGAGAGGUGUUGCAAGGCCGAUGACGGUGUCGAGUAUUCCACGCUCCCCGAUGCGGAAGUGCUAACUACUCACACUGUUCCGUUGGAAGAAGUUGAGAGGCAUUACAGUUUGUGGUCCGCGGCAGUCCAGGCAGAACUUGAUUCGUUGGUUCAUGAAAAGCAGGCGGUAAGGGUGAUCACCAGCGCUGAAAUGCAAGCAAUGCAAGAAAAGGGAACAUGCGUGACCAUUAUUCCUAGCAAGAUGGUGUUUACCCGAAAGGCUGGUGGGCGCCAUAAGGCACGGUUGGUAGCCUGUGGAAAUCAUCUAGAUGGGCAGGGCCAGGCUAAGGGUAAGCAGUCACCAUCCAAGGCAAACCUGUAUGCUGGAGGAAUCGACCCUUCAGUGAUGCGCCAAGCGGCAUCGAUUGCGGUUAAGAGAGCCUGGAAGGGGGGAGCUACAGAUAUCACUACAGCGUUUUUGAACGCCGAGCUGCUUGAUCGAGUGAAUCCUCGUUCCUCCCCACCUCCUUUGUCCUUGGAUGUCCCAACUGAGGUGAUUGUAUUGAAGAUUCCGAGCAUUGUGCAUAGACAUGGACAUGUUGAUCGAUCAUGCUUCAUGCUGGUGUGUAAGGCACUGUAUGGGUUGGAUCAAUCCCCAAGAGACUGGUCUAUCAAGAGGGACAGUGAGAUUGAGGGCAUGUCAUGCCAAGUCGAUGGGGUCACAUGCAUGUUUGAGCAGAGUUUGGUCGACUCUAAUUUGUGGUACCUUCGGAGAGUGCCUAAAGAUGGAGAGAGCCACAGUUGGAGAGAGCCUGUUGCAUGCAUGUUGGUGUAUGUCGAUGAUCUCUUAGCCUUUGGUCCCAGUCCAGUCUUGACGAUGAUAUUCGAGCUGAUCACUUCGCGCUGGAAGUGCGGACCGGUAGAGUGGAUCCCCGAGGACCCCACUAAACCCCCACUCAAGUUCUUUGGUUUUGAGCUGCGCUGGGAUGGUAAGGAUCUGUUGCUUGGCCAACAAGACUUCAUUCGGGAUGUGGCGACUAGGUACCCCGAGGCAACUGCCUCGUGCGUUCCUGCUACCCCGGGACCCUUGGAUGUAGAGGAUGCUUCCGAGCGUAGGCCCGAAGAUGUUUCUGCUUGCCAAACGGCGCUGGGCGAAAUCUUAUGGGUUGCAGGGCGCACUCGGCCAGACAUUAUUUUCGCUGUUUCCCGCCUUGCACAGACCAUGUCAAGGGACCCCGCUACGGUGAGAAAGAGAGUCAUGCAGCUCAUUGGUUACCUUGUCUACACGCAGGACCUUUGCCUCCGAUAUCGGGCUACGUAUUCUUGUCAGGGUGAACCAGGCGCUACUGCCACCCCGAACGCUGAAGGUGUGAUCGAGGCCAUGACAGACAGUGCAUUCGCGCCUGUAUGUGAGCGAUCGCAAGAGUCAACUUUGGUUUACACUCAAGGGUCUCUGACGGGGUGGAACACUGGUAGACAACCGUUCACUGCUGCGUCGACCGCGGAGUCAGAACUCUUGAGUUUGAUGACCGGAUUCAGCUUCGGUAGGGCCCAAACUUACGUCCUUCAGGAGUUUAUGGGUAAGGUGCCACGGUUGGUCGUGUUGAACGACAACAUGGCUUCAAUCUCUAUUGUAAAUGGCGACUCCAACGGGUGGAGAAGUAGGCACCUGAGAAUUCGAGCACAUGUGCUGAGAGAACAGGCCAAGCAAGGACAUGUCGUCGUGGGGCACAUAGAGGGGGCGAAAAACAUCGCCGAUGCAGGAACCAAGGCCUUGCCGUAUCCUCGUUUGAAGCUUUUGCGGGACGGUAUGGGUUUAGAUGCAGUUAGGAAUGUUCAUGAUGCGCGCCCAAAAGGAGCUACGAAGGUCAUUGAUCCAGCUUCCGCAGCCAAGAUUCAGGCCGUUGUGCUUACAUUGGCAGCCGUCACGGCAGAGGCUCAGCAAUCGCCAGAUGAACCAGAAGGUCACAGCCAUGAGCUAUGGUUUUUGAUGUUUCUGGUAUGCUGUACGUCUAUUGCUCUUUGGGAAGGUCUGAAGUGGGCAUGUCGUUGGUGUUGUAGGCGACGCAGAGUACAGAGGAGAGCGGUUGAGCGACAUGAACCAGAAGAGGAGCGUAGCUCAGAUGGGGAAAAUCAGCCUGAUGAUGAGGACGAACUUCAGGAGUUCUCGCCUCAGGCAGCGGACAGGGUAGAGGAUCAUGAUGUAGCUCGUGAGCUUACUGUGCCUCCUGAGGGGACGGUCGUUCGUUACGUUGACGAUGUGAUGUAUGUUGGCCCCCCUCCAGAAGAAGAAGAAGAGAGGUUGAGAAGAAGAAGACAGGGACAGAGAGUCUACCAUGAUGAGCCGGACUUUGAGCCAGCUGCUGUUGAAGCCUCCGGCCUACCGCCUUGGAAUGUUCAAAACCGGGUUCGUCAGGCUCUUGAGGCUCAACGAGACGCGAGGGGUUCGAAUGAAGGCCCAAACUGGAUGCCAAAUCAGUUUGUGAAUUACCCGGUCAUUCGGCUGCGUGCCGAUUGGCCUGCAUCAGAAAACCAACCUCCACUGGCAUACUUGGCUGCUUACCAGUCCGCUUGGGGUGGGUUAGCUUCAGCGCUGCAUCAGCUGCGGCCCAAUGAUGCUUACACGCGGGACGAGUACACAAGGCAUGACGCGAGACAGAAUGUGUUGAUUCGUUGGCACUUCGGAUGGCGUGUUAUGCUGUUUGAUCCCAAUCGCACUACAAGUCCGGUUGCUAUGAGCAGACUCACAGGAAGGAGACGUACGGUGAUCACAUACAGUGAUGGUACAGAGGAGCUGCUGGACGACAAUUUCCGGAUUGACAGUGCGAGAAGGAUGAUGGAUCAACAGUGGGUAGGAAGAACCGAGCUCGAGAUCCGCGAGGGGACAUGA